UCCUCUGCCUUGGUAAGAUAGAAGUAUAGGACCAGCCGAACGUGCUCACUGGACCUAGAUGACCCGCUGAGCCUGACGGCCCUCUCUGCUCCAAACGAGAGGCAGAGGCUCCCCAAAUUUCCAUGACCAUUGAUUCAAGAAGAGUUCAACCACAGGCCAUCGCCGUCGAUAAGAGCUCCGAAGGAUUAUGGCCCGUGCUGCGUCUCUUCUCUGCACUGGUGCGGCCUCUGUAACUUCUUCCAGCAACCAUACCCGUCCUCUUCAGUCGAGUUUGGCUGGGAAUAUGUUUUCAAUCUUUGAUCAACAAGGAGUCCAUGCACUGCUAUGGAGAGAUUCAGUUAUUAAGGAAGUGCUUUUCUGCCAUCCCAUCUUGAAAACAAAGCAUCAAUCGUGUAUUCAGUGGUCUUCUAUUUCAUGUUUUAGUGGUGAGAAAAAGGAUUCAUCUCUUUGUCCCAAUAUCCAGCAAAUGAAUGCACGGAUUCUUUAUUGUGCAGCCCCAGCUAUGGGGCAUAACCAGGAAUCACAUCCAGAAUGUAAUGCAAGAGUGCCAGCCAUCAUGGAGGCACUUGAGAAGUUGGAGCUUUCACCGAAGUAUCGAUCUUCUGACGUGGUAGAGAUUCAAGAUUGGAGGCCAGCUUCUUUGGAUAAUAUUGCCAAUGUUCAUUCAAAAGCCUAUGUGAACGGUCUAGAGAAGGUUGUGCAUAGAGCUUCUCGGGAAGGUCUAAUCGUUAUUGAUGGAUCUGGACCAACUUACGCAACUGCAACUACUUUUCAGGAAUCACUUCUUGCAGCUGGUGCAGGAAUUUCUCUGGUUGAUUCUGUGGUGGCAGCAUCAAAACUUGGGCAAAGGCCACCUAUGGGAUUUUCAAUAGUAAGGCCUCCAGGACAUCAUGCUAUUCCAAGAGGCCCAAUGGGAUUCUGUGUCUUUGGAAAUAUUGCUGUUGCAGCUCGCCAUGCACAACAAGCACAUGGCUUAAAAAGAGUGCUUAUAAUUGACUUUGAUGUUCACCAUGGAAAUGGAACAAGUGAUAUAUUCUAUGAUGAUCCAGAUGUCCUUUUUAUUUCCACUCAUCAGGAUGGAAGCUACCCUGGUACUGGUAAAAUGGAGGAGAUUGGUCAUGGAAGUGGUGAAGGAACAACAUUAAAUCUACCUAUUCCAGGAGGAUCUGGUGAUACAGCCAUGAGAACCAUAUUUGAUGAAAUUAUUGUUCCUUCUGCUCAAAGGUUUAAACCAGAUAUAAUCUUGGUCUCCGCUGGCUACGAUGCUCAUGUGCUGGAUCACCUAGCUUCUCUACAAUUUACAACUUCCACAUACUACAUGCUGGCUUCCAAUAUCAAGCAAUUGGCAGAGGACCUAUGUGGAGGUCGCUGCGUGUUCUUCUUGGAAGGAGGGUACAAUCUUCAUUCACUCUCUUACUCAGUUGCGGACACAUUUUUUGCAUUUUUAGGUGAACCAAGUAUUGCAUCCAAAGUUGACAACCCAGCCAUUCUUUAUGAAGAACCAAUGACCAAAGUGCGGAAUGCAAUCCAAAGAGUCAAGCAUAUACAUUCUCUCUAGAUCACCAUAAAUUCAACACCUCAUAUUUUAUUUGUCUGACAAGGCUACACGUUGUAACUGUUAAUAUCAUCUACACAUAUUGUUAAUGUCAUCUGCCUUCGUGGUGUAAACACUCUAAGGUGUAAAGUUCUGAUAUGAUCAUAUGUUAUGUACUCGUUCUUGGUUGAUAACUUAGAAAAGUUUCCUCUAGAUUUUGUCUAACAGCUGAUUAAGAAAGAAAAUGGUUUUCUUCCA